AGCGUGGAGCGCGAGGAAGUCUGGCCGGGCAUGAGAGGGGAACGACGGACCAGGAUUACACCAAAAAAUAAAACUCAACAACUUAAAAAAAAAACACACACCAUUCGUAGGUGACAGGUUAAUGUUACGAUCGGAAAAGAUUGCGAGUCGAUGACUAGCCACCAGGUGCUGCGUACGGAGUCUGAAAAAGUACUCACUGUUUCUGUUUAACGAACGCACGGAACAGAAGGGCGCGCUGAUGGUGGUGGUGAUGAUGCUCGCGGGCGAAGAGCCUUUCGCCUCUACUCCACGCAGAGGUAUGGAUUGUGUGGGCAAAGCUAAUACUGCCAGCAAGAAGCUUGUUCAAGCACGUCUUCCAUUCAAAAGGCUUAACCCAGAUCCCAAGGAAUGCUGUGAUUCCAAAAGAACCAAAGGUCCAGUUGCCCCCAAGUGUUCUGAACCCAGUGCCUCUGAUGGAGAAAAUGAUAUAGACCAUUCUUCCCUGCCGCUGCACCACGGGCCAGCUCUGGUUAAUGGCCGUGGGCCUCUCGAUUGUUUCAUGAGCCGACAAAAGCGUUCCCCAAUCCGCUCUGCCACCGAAGCCACUAUUGACCUCACAGAAGACUCCAACUCCACUGAUGCUCCUGCACCUCCGGUUGCAGCCACAUGCCCCAUUAGUGAAGAAACCGUAAAGACCAUAGAAGACAUCCCACCAUCUACAGGGCCCACCACACCACUGACAGAGAAAGGAACAGGGAAAGAAGAGGAUGACGGAGAGACCCUCUCGCUGCUGGACACCACUCAGGAGUCUGACACUGAGGAGGAGGAGCAACAGGAGGCUGAUGUCAGCCAAGGGAAUGAAUCUGUGCUCUCGGCUGGGUCCACCAGCUCCCUCUCAAUGGAAGAGAGCUCACCAGAGCCUAGCAAGAGUGCACCCACCACCCCUGCCUCAGCACAAAGGACAAAUGCAGUGAAGAGACGGUCCCUCAAGAGUGUUCAAGAACAAGAGGAGAGGCAGCGACAGAAGGAAGAGAAAGAACGACAGAAACAGGAGGCCAAAGCUGCCAAGGAGAAGAAAAGAGAGGAGGCUCGCAAGCUGAAGGAGGAGAAAGAAAGGGAAAAGAAAGAGAAGAAGGAGAAAGACGAAAAGGAGCGGCGGGAGAAAAAAGAGAGGGAAGAGAAAGAAAAGGCAGAGAAAAUACGUGCAAAAGAAGAGCAACGGCAGAUGAAGAUAGAGGCCAAACUGGAAGAGAAAAGGAAAAAAGAAGAGGAAAAACGGUUGAAGGAACAAAAAGAACGAAUCAAAGCAGAGAAGGCUGAGAUUACACGGUUUCUACAGAAGUCCAAGACCCAGUUGGCACCAAAUACUCUGGCAUCUGCCUGCGGGAAAUUUGCUCCUUUUGAGAUUAAAGAGCACAUGUUUCUGGCACCGCUGACUCGAGUACAGUGCGAGGACGCUGUUCUAGAAGAGUUAGACCAUUAUCUUGCCCAACCAGACAGCACUCUAAAUGGGCUGAAGGACUGGACGGGGCACAAACCUCGUAGAUCAGGUCCAACCAGGCCCAGGUGCAUUGAUACAGGAAGUGAGUGUUUGGUCGUAAGUGAAAGCCUAAAGGCAGAUGGAGUCCCGGACCGUCUGCGAUAUGGCCGUAUGAAACUCCUGCAUUUCCAUGACAACUAUCGUCCAGCUUACUGGGGCACCUGGAGCAAAAAGAGCACUCGAAUCUCUCCCCGUUGCCCAUUGAGACAGGACAAGGAGCUGUUGGAUUACGAGGUAGACAGUGAUGAAGAAUGGGAGGAAGAAGAGCCAGGAGAGUCUCUAUCCCACAGUGAAGGGGAUGAUGACGACGAAGGAGGAGAUGAUGACGACGAUGAUGGGUUCUUUGUGCCCCACGGUUAUCUAUCAGAAGGGGAAGGAGCACUUGAAGAUGAGGAAGGUGGAGACCCGGAGAAGCUGAAGGUGCGUCAGAGGAUGAAGGCUCGUGAAUGGGAGAAUGAGCUGAUGUCUAAAGGGAAGGUGAAAGUGUUGGAGGCGGUGGUGCGAGGCUGCCUGUGGGAGGGGGAGGAGCCUCCACUGGACCUCCUGCAGCCGUACGCUGUCUGCAUGCUGGAGCUGUUACCCAGAGACGAGUCCUGUACCCCUGAACAAGAUAUCUCACGCAAACAGAGGAAUGAGAAAUUGCUGUCACAGCUACUGCCAUUGCUGCAUGGGAAUGUGAACAGCUGUAAGGUCAUAAUCAACGAGUUCCUGGAGUUCUGUCGUCAGCAAACAUCGUCACCCACAGAAAGCCCUCUGAGCUCUACUGUCAGUGUCCCACCCAGGAUCCAUAUCAGGCGGCUAAUAAAGGAGAACGCUGUGUAUGAAAAACGCUCCACUUGCAGACGAUGCUGCUGGUACGUGCAUGCAGAGGUUCUGGCCCGUCAUUCCCAGGAGGCCUUGCCUGUGCCCUGCCAGUGGACCUACCUCACCUCUGGAGCACAGAUGACCCGUGAUGAGGCCGCUGGCUCACAGGGCAACUCGCCUACUAUGUCCAAUUCCACCACACCCUCCAACAAGAGGAAGAGCGCCAGCAGCCACUCCAUUACAAAGUAUAUGAAGAAAUGUGGUGAUUCUGAACAGACUGAAGCCAUGGAGACAGAUGGCUUUCAAGCAGACACAGAGGAUGAUGAUGAUGAUGACUGUGUUAUCAUUGGGGAGCAGUCCGGAUCCUCUGAACAAGAUGCAAACACAUCCUUGGCACAAACCGAGAAAAACACCAAGCCUAUGGACACAAACGCAUCUGAAAGUGCUGCUCUUGCCCUUCCCUGCCUUACUUCAGCCACUGCCUGAGAUCCAACCCCCUUCCUGUUGGGUUUUUGUAGGGGCUUAAAAUCAGAUCUUCAAUUUUGAAGGAACACGGAGUCAUAAACCAUAUUAAAGGUCUCCAGAAUGAAUCACUCGUUUCCUCUAUCAAGUGGAGGUCUGUUAGUUGAAACUUCACCAGUACACACUGUCAGUGGACGACACAAUAUCCUGUUUAAUCUAAUAAGGCCCUUUGGAAGAAUAGGGUUUUUACCGCCAUUCUUCAUAGAUGAGAUCCCACUUUUUGAAAGUGUGUAAAUGCUCUGCUGGUACACAGUCAAUCAAGCUGACACAUUCCUCUGACUCCAUUCAGGAGGUUGUUGCUGUCUGUUGGGCUUAGUGCUCGGUGCAAUUUUUGUUUUAAAUUGUUUAUUUUUGUUUUCUCAGAAUACUUGAAUUGGUGUAUUUCUUUAAAAAAUGACAAUUGAAAUAUAUUGCACUUUUAUAUUCCAUUUCUGUUUAUUUCUACCAUUUGUUCAAUCGUUUUUAAGAGAGUUUA